AUAGGAAUGAAAACUACUCACUUCUGGGGUCCAGUAGCAAACUGGGGUAUUGCCAUUGCUGGUUUGGCUGAUUAUGACAGACCACCAGAACUUGUUUCUGGUCCAAUGACUUUUGCUCUUGCAGCCUACAGUGCAGUUUUCAUGAGAUUUGCCUGGAUGGUAAAGCCUCGUAACAUGCUCCUUCUUUACUGUCACGUUGUUAAUGAAGGUGUUCAAUUGUAUCACUUGACUAGA